UUCUAACAAUCCAAAGGGUGAUGCAUUAUUGUUCCUUUCUACAAAAAAGGAAUUUACAAGAUGAAAAACAAUUAUUUAAUAAAGUUACCAAUGUUAGCGUAACGUUAAAGAAGACACGACGCGGGCAAAUUCAUCGAGUUCUUAACGAAAUUUAUCUUCGUGAUGAUAUUGCAUGUGGUAUUGCCAAUUGCAAUGUUUGUAAGCCUUUCACAAAUUUAGGUAUUUUAUCUCAAGAAAGUCCUUGUAUUUUAAUACUAACAAAAGAUGUCGCAUUAUACCAAAUUGAUUUUGUUUGCAACGAUGUUUGCGUUACGAAUGCAGUGUUACCAACAUCAGUGCUUGAUGAGGUAAAAUCGCAAAAUGGUCAUUUUGGUACACGCCUAGGAAAUCUUGCCCAGCAAGCUAUCUACGAUACCACCGAUACUGACUCGACACGAACAAUGGAAAAAAAAAACUCUUGUCGUUACUUUUACGUGUUUGUAAAUCAUAUUUUUCGCGCCACGCAUACUCCUCGACUCGCAAAGGAGUCUCUUGAAGAGUAUUCCGAGAGACAAGUGUUCGCCGUGGCACGAUGGUAUCGAGACCAUUUAAUUUCUUCUUUUGGCUUAAGUUUUGAACAAGCUAAAGAAAAGAUUUUAGUUUUAACAAACACUUCUUCUAAAGCAUUGAAAGCAUGCGAACAGAAUGUAAGAGCUCUUUCAGUGUUUGAGUACUGCGUAGGAAUGCAAGGACUGUACCCUCUAGCAGGAGAAAAUUUAGUACCUGUGGAUGAAGACGCUAUGAAUGAAGGAGAAAAUGCAAGUCGAGCGAAACCAUCGGGUUUUAUGUAUUCUCCACACUAUAAUCUUGAACAAAUUCAUGAAAAAAUGACACAAGGAUUAUUACAUAAGGGAAUUAUUCGUAUGGAUAGGAAUUCCCAUUAUUGUGCAACACUUCAAACAACCAGUUUAGGAGAAAUUCGCAUUCUGGGACACAAGUAUAUUAAUCGAGCGAUUCAUGGAGAUGUUGUUGUUGUUGAAUUGCUUAAGGAUGUCAAAGAAAAGAAUACGGAAGCUUUUUGUGUUGAAACAACACAAGUUGAAGAUGCAGUGGAGCUUCUUGAUGAAGAUGUGGAUGGAACGCUUUGUAAAGAAAAAAUAGAAAAAAAUGUUAAAAGUCAUUUAGAUGAAACCAGUAAAAUUUAUGGGAAGGUAGUUGGAAUCGUUCGUCGUAACUGGAAACAAUAUGCGGGAACCCUGCUUCCUUUACAAGAAUCUCAAAAUAUUCGUGGCGCAGCUUUCACGAAAAUGGAAAGGAAAUUUCAACCAUGGGAUCCUCGAAUCCCUUGUAUCAUUCUACAGACACGGCAAUCAUUACAUUUGGAUGGAAAGAGAAUCAUUGUGGCUAUAGAUCAUUGGAACUCCAAUCAUCGCUAUCCUUCUGGUCAUUGGGUUCACGUUCUUGGUAAUGUGAACGACCCUGAUGUUGAGGCCAAAGUGAUUUUAAAUGAAUUUGACGUGACUGCCAGAGACUUUACAGAUGCUGUUUUGCGCUGUUUACCUUCAAGUGACUAUGUCAUACCUCCUGAGGAAUUCAAGCGGCGAAAAGAUUUAAGAUCGAUCAUGACUUGUUCUAUUGAUCCACCUGGAUGCAAGGAUAUUGAUGAUGCACUAAGUUGUGAGACAUUGCCUAAUGGAAAUAUUUUUGUGGCUGUUAAUAUUGCUGACGUGACUCACUUUGUACUACCGGACACUGCUUUAGACCGAGAAGCAGCUCAACGGUGCACUACAGUGUAUCUAGUAGAUCGAAGAACAGAUAUGUUACCCGCUCUCUUAACAACUGAUUUAUGCUCAUUAGUAGAUAAUGUCGAUCGCCUGAGCUUUUCCGUUUUGUGGGAAAUUUCACCUUGUGGAACUAUUUUGAAAACAUCCUUUGAAAAAACGGUGAUACGUUCCAGAAAAGCUAUGACAUAUGAAGAAGCUCAAACUCUUUUAGAUGAUGCAUCAGACAACACAUUAUUAAAACAAUGUCUUUUCACUUUAAAUUCUCUUGCGAAAAAAUUACGGCGAAAAAGAAUGCUUCAUGGAGCCUUAGAGUUAGCGUCUUUAGAGGUCAAGUUUCAAUUAGAUAGUGAAACGCAUAGCCCCAAUGAUGUUGAUGUGUAUCAUGUGAGAGAUACGAAUAAACUUGUUGAAGAAUUUAUGUUACUAGCCAAUUCAAGCGUCGCUGAAUUUAUUCUACAAAAGUUACCCCUUCACUCCGUUUUAAGACGUCAUCCUCCUCCUAAGGUUGAUCAAUUACAAACCCUUCAAAAAUUGUUAGAACAAAAAGGAUUUCCGAAUUUCAAAUACACAACUUCUCAAGAACUUUCACAGUCAUUAGAUUCGUUUUGUUCAGCUGAAGAUAUUCACUUUAACAAACUGAUACGUGUCUUAACAACACGGUGUAUGAAUCAGGCAGUUUAUGUUUGUUCGGGAGAAACGGCUCAAAAUUGUUGUGACGAGUCGAACACCUUUCAAAAAAAUGACCCGAAUGGAAACAUCUCCCAAUAUUAUCACUACGGCCUUGCAACUUCUCUUUAUACGCAUUUCACUUCACCUAUACGAAGAUACGCAGACAUACUCGUACACCGUUUACUAGCUGUAGCACUGGAUCUUAUUGUACUACCUUCUCAACUUGCAACAAAAUCCUUAAUUGCUCAGCAGUGUGAACAAAUGAAUACCAAGCACCGAAAUGCUCAAUAUGCUUCUCGCAGUUCAGUGAAAUUUUUUACCUACCGUUAUUUUAAAAAUUUCGGAGCUUUUGAAACCGAUGCUAUUAUUACCAAUGUUAAAAAAAAUGGGGUUUCCGUUAUUAUUCCUCGCUAUGGUAUUGAAGGAGUUGUUUUUUUUAAAUCUGAAAACUAUCAAUGGUCAAGUGAAUCACAAACAUUAACCUACGUUAAUCAAGAAAAAGAAAAUGAAUCACUUUCCAUAUUUGAUCAUAUUUGGAUCAAAAUUUUCGCUGAUAAUGAAAAUUUUAGACCCACCACGGUUCUUGAAUUUCUUUAUAAAACACCUAAGAAUCUCUACAUUAAUUCUAAUAUAAACACCAUAUCUAUCGAGGAAAUUAAAAACCUUACUAUUCCGUCAAAGUAGCAUCCUACUAUUGUUUUUGCAAUAAACCAAUUUGAUUGAAAUAAAAUAUUUUUCUUUUUUUGUUUGGUACUACACGUAAA